AGUCCAUGUCCUGUAAGAUGUACAGAAACCAACCAGAAGAAAAUGCCCACAUUGUGGGUUGGUCUACUCGGGCUACUAGCCUUGGUGUAUUGUCCAGCCGAGGCCGCUAAAAAUUACGCUUCAGCUUUGAGCAAGUCUAUUCUUUUCUAUGAUGCCCAAAGAUCAGGACCACUUCCUGCUAAUAAUCCAGUCCCAUGGAGAGGUGAUUCAGCCCUGAACGAUUGUGUGGUUGGAGGUUGGUACGAUGCAGGUGACCACGUCAAAUUUGGACUGCCCAUGUCUUCUUCCACAACUUUGUUACUCUGGGGCCUCAUUAGGUUUAAAGAUGGUUACAUCAAGGCUAACCAGCUCAAUCAGAUGCUGGACUCCAUCAAGUGGCCGUUAGAUUAUUUCCUUCGUGCCUGGAAUCCAAGCACACGUACUCUGACUGUGCAGGUGGGCGACGGCUAUGCUGACCACGAGUGGUGGGGGAGGCCCGAGGAUAUGACCAUGUCCAGACCUUGCCAGACAGUGACCACAUCAAACAGAGGCAGUGAUGUGGCUGCAGGAACAGCAGCCGCUCUGGCAGCAGGGGCAGUAGCUUUCAUGAAUAAUGGGGACACAGUCUACAGUGACGAGUUGUUGGUGGCAGCGGAGAGUCUCUAUGACUUUGCUAAGACCUACAGAGGAAUAUUCUACGGUGCCGCAUCUUUCUAUUCGUCCAGCGGUGACCGUGACGAACUGUGCGAGGCAAGUAUCUGGCUGUAUAAGGCCACUAGGCUGAGCAAGUAUCUCAAUGACGCUCGAUCCUUCGUGGACACAGGGACUGCCUGGGCACUGAGCUGGGAUGACAAGAGAGCUGCCUGCCAACUACUUCUAUACGAAGAGACUCAUGAAAACCAGUACAGAAGCGCUGUAGUCAAUUUCCUACAAAGUUGGCAACCUGGCGGUGGCGUAAGUUACACACCUUGUGGCUUAGCAUGGAGAGAUAAAUGGGGUGCCAAUAGGUAUGCUGGCAAUGUUGCCUUCUUGGCUCUUCUUGCUGGUGAGAUGGGAAUCGACGCUGCCAAAUACAGGAAGUGGGCAGUAGAGCAGGUGAACUUUCUCCUUGGGGACAACAACCACGCUGGGGGCUGCUUCAGCUACGUGGUGGGCUACGGAAACACGUACCCCUUGCAGCCUCACCACAGGAGCUCCUCCUGCCCUUCACCGCCUCAGGCUUGCAACUGGGACACAUACAACCUGCACUCCCCCAACCCACACGUUCUUAACGGCGCCCUGGUGGGAGGUCCAGACCAGAACGACAACUAUGUUGACCUGAGGUCGGACUAUGUGCACAACGAGGUGGCCACGGAUUAUAAUUCAGGCUUUCAAGGAGCGCUGGCCGGAGCUGUCCACUUGGAGGCUUUGCACGCUCUCCCUUCCACCAACAACAGAUGCCCUUGUAAUCAAUAUCACAAAUAUCAGAGACCUAAUAUACUCUGUCAACUCAUAUCUCCAGAUAUCAGAGACCUAAUAUACUCUGUCAACUCAUAUCUCCAGAUAUCAGAGACCAAAUAUACACUGUCAACUCAUAUCUCCAGAUAUCAGAGACCUAAUAUACACUGUCAACUCAUAUCUCCAGAUAUCAGAGACCUAAUAUACACUCUAGAGUGUAGGCUUGUAACCAUGGCAACGUUCGGACUAGCGGUCAUACUUAUGACCACCAUCUUGCUCCACUCUUCGGAAUCAGCUAAAAACUAUGGGGUAGCUCUAGCCAAGUCUAUAUUAUUUUAUGACGCUCAGAGGUCUGGCAAACUUCCAGCCAACAAUCCCAUUCAUUGGAGAGGUGACUCUGCCCUGCAUGACUGUGUGGUAGGUGGGUGGUACGACGCGGGUGACCACAUCAAGUUUGGACUUCCAAUGUCCUACACAGCCACUGCUCUAGUUUGGUCACUUGUCAGAUUUAAAGAUGGCUAUCAGAGAGCUGGUCAGCUUAACCAAAUGUACGACAUGAUUAAGUGGCCCCUGGACUAUUUCCUAAAAGCCUGGCGUCCGGCGCAAAACGAGCUGGUCGUUCAAGUUGGGGAUACGCAUGAUCACGACGUCUGGGGGCGGCCAGAAGACAUGACGAUGAACAGGCCAUGCGCAGUGGUCAAUACAGCUCAUAAGGGCAGCGACAUCGCAGCUGGGACUGCUGCUGCUCUUGCAGCAGGGUCUAUAGCCUUCAAAGAGAAAGGUGAUACAGCCUACAGCGACCAACUCCUUAGUGCGGCCAAAAGUCUUUAUGCUUUUGCCAAAGCUCACAGGGGCCUGUACAAAGGGGCCGCCGAGUUUUACGAUUCCAGCGGUGACAAAGACGAGCUGUGCGAGGCAAGUGCCUGGCUGCACAAGGCAACAAAUGAAGCCCACUAUCUGGCAGACGCGAGGACAUUUGUGGAGCACGAAGCAGCCUGGGCCUACAGUUGGGACGACAAACAAGUGGCCUGCCAUCUCUUGAUGUAUGAAGAAACUAAAGACAAUCAAUAUAAGAAUCUGGUGACGUCAUUCUUUCAUGACUGGAUGCCUGGAGGCAGUGUCCUCUACACACCUUGCGGUCUGGCCUGGAGAGACAAGUGGGGAUCUAACAGCUACGCAGGUAACGCCGCAUUCAUCGCUUUGUUAGCUGCAGAAGACGGCAUUAACUCUGCUGCUUACAGGAAAUGGGCCACCGAACAGAUCAACUACUUCCUUGGGGACAACCAUCACAACGGCGGCUGCUUUAGCUUCGAGGUGGGCUACGGGAGCAAGUACCCCCUUCAUCCUCACCACGCCGGAGCUUCUUGCCCCGACAGGCCCGCACCCUGUGGCUGGCCGCAAUACGAGUCCAUCGCCCCCAACCCACAGGUGAUACAGGGGGCGCUGGUGGGCGGACCUGACCAGCACGACAACUACCACGACGUUCGAUCCGACUAUGUUCAGAACGAAGUAGCCGAUGACUACAACUCUGGGUUCCAGGGGGCGCUGGCAGGCAUCGUGCACCUUCAAGCAACCAACAGUCUUCCCGCUACUAACAACAAAUGUCCUUGCAAUGCUUAGGUAACAGGACAUUAAAUUGUGUCGUUGGUAUAAAGUUUGUUUGUUUGAUCUGCAUUAACCUGAAAUACUUUAAACAGCCAAGCUUGUUGCUGUCUCCGGUCUACAAAAUAAAGGAAGUGUAAGAAGUGGUGAUAA